CCUUUAUUUUCUCUGUCAUUUGCUUCCCGACUUUCUCAAGACAAGACUUGCUUCUAGACGCACCCUCCUAUCUAGUUCACCGACAAGUACAGAGACAUCCCUUCUUGAAGUCUUCCUGUUCAACACGCCCUGAUCUUGUCCUGUUUCCGAGCACAACUGUACCUGAACACGUGUCCCUGACGUGAUGAAGUUCCUCCUUGUCCUGCUUGCCAUUGUGGCAACCGCGAACGCCCUGCACAGGAUCCCGCUGACGAAGAUGAAAACUGUCCGUCGUCAUCUGGCAGAGGUUGGCGUCCCGUACGACAAAAUCAUCAAGGACUACAGUGGGAAGUACUACAACAUGACGGGUCCGCAGCCGGAGCCACUCUCAAAUUAUCUGGAUGCACAGUACUUCGGACCAAUAUCCAUCGGCACUCCUCCUCAGAGUUUCCAGGUCGUAUUUGACACCGGGUCAUCCAACCUCUGGGUGCCGUCUAAGAAAUGCCAUUAUUCUAACAUAGCCUGCUUGCUUCACAACAAGUAUGACGCCAGUAAGUCCAGCACCUACAAAAAGAAUGGAGAGAAAUUUGCCAUCCAAUAUGGGUCUGGCAGCUUGAGUGGCUUUCUAAGUCAGGACACAGUCUCUGUCGCAGGUAUCGAGGUUAAGGACCAGACAUUUGCGGAGGCGUUGUCAGAGCCUGGUAUGGCGUUCGUCGCGGCCAAGUUUGACGGUAUACUUGGGAUGGGGUACAGUAACAUCGCCGUGGACGGCGUGGUGCCGCCGUUCUACAACAUGGUCAGUCAGGGAGCGGUGCCGGAACCGGUCUUCUCGUUCUACCUGAACAGGGAUCCCUCGGCCACCGCUGGUGGUGAGCUGAUUUUGGGUGGGGCUGACCCCAAUUACUACACCGGAGACUUCACCUUCCUCGAUGUCACCAGGAAAGGCUAUUGGCAGUUCAAGAUGGACGGUAUAAAUGUCGGUGGCUCCACGUUCUGUCAGGAAGGUUGUCAGGCCAUCGCUGAUACGGGAACCUCUCUCAUUGCCGGGCCCAUUGAAGAGGUCAAUAAACUGCACAAACAAAUCGGAGCCACCCCCCUUGCUGGCGGAGAGUACAAGGUGGACUGCAGUAAGGUCACAUCCCUCCCGACCAUCUCCUUUAUACUGGGUGGGAAGGAGUUUGAAUUGACGGGGAAGGAAUACAUCUUACAGGUGAAACAGUUUGGGAUGACUAUUUGUCUCAGCGGCUUUAUGGGCAUGGACAUACCACCACCGGCUGGGCCCCUGUGGAUCCUGGGAGACGUGUUCAUAGGGUCGUACUACACCCAGUUUGAUUUGGGCAAGAACCUAGUCGGCUUUGCCACCGCAAAGUAGUAGCAACGGUCAUGCAGUGGAUAGAAUUCCGUACCUCCACGAUCCGGUAGGGAGGAUUGAGGAAUAGAUAACGCCAGUUCACCUUUAUCCGCAGGAUAACCUAUAUCCGUUGUAUUGAAAAACAGGGUAUCAAGUCUACGAGCGUUGGUAUCAAACUAGAAUAUUUGAAAAUAUUUCAGUCUAAAAACCACCUUCCGUCGUCUUGAUGUCCCUUAAACACUGCUUUUCAAUACAACGGAUAAAGGUUCCCGACGGAUAAAGGUGAAUCUACGUUAUACGUCGGUGGCAUUCUAGAAUAAAGUUUCCGACGAGUACUAUCCACCUUUUGGCCACAGGAACCCAUACAGAAAUAUAGCUAAGUUUUUUUCUUUCUUUUACUUUACAUAUAUAUUCAUAUAUUAUUCUAGCAAAGUUACUUAACGAACUAGUACUUAAUUAUAAUAAUAGUCAACUGCAUUUUCCAGCCAGUUAUUGAAAACAGCAGAGGAAUUUUAGUAUUCCAAAGAAGCUGCUUUCAUUGAUUGGUAUUGAAUGUUUGUUGACUAUUUAAUACAAUAGCUAACAAGGUAUUAUAAUAGGUCUGAUUUUCACAGCCAUGCAAAUGCAUGAUUGCUGUCUAUUGUUUGGUCAAAACAAUGUAUUGCUGACAAUUACUGUCAUAAAAGUGUAAUGUAUGGGGAGUUUGGGCGUUGGGAUUGAACCCAUACAGAAAUAAAGUUUAGUUUUUUUUCUUUCUUUUACUUUACAUAUAUUAUUCUAGCAAAGUUACAAACAAACUAGUACUUAAUAAUCAGCUGCAUUUUCUAUCAAGUUAUUGAAAAAAGCAAAGGAGUUUUAUUAUUCCAAAGAAGCUGCUUUCAUUGGUAUUGAAUGUUUGUUGAUUAGUUAAUACGAUAGCUAACAAGGUAUUAUUAUUUAUUAUUAUUAUAGUUCUGUCAUGCCAUAGCGAUGCAAAUGCAUGAUUGUUGUGUUUUAUUUCGUCAGACCUAUAUUGUUGGUAGAUAUUGUCAUGAAAGCUUACCGCUUAACUGAAACUUUAAAAGUAGCACAUUCAAAACUAUAGUCUACAUUCCAUUACCCCUUAAUUUACAUUGGUACAUAUGAACUUAAUCAUGUUCAUGUACAUGUACUGCAUUAAUUGGUAUUAUCACAGUAGUUUUAUCAGCUAAAUCUUGAUGAUUUAGCAUAAAAAACUAUUCUUUUCAUAGUCCACACAUACUUAUAAAAUGGUAAUGACUGUCAUUGUUGUAACGGUUGUACUUUUUGUCAACUACAGAUCUUCUGAAUUACUUUAAUUACAAUCACUGAACUUACUCUGCGAUAAAGUAAAAUAUACACGUUCAAUAGACAAUACAGCUUAUACACAAAUCUUGCCAUAUUAUGCAAAUGUAUCAAAUAGAUACCAUAAGGAAGUAUAUGAAUGAAGAUUAUUCUUCGAAAUGGAUUUUUCUUGUAAUUUUAUGAUAGGCGAUAUCGAUAUAUAAAUUAGAAUACCAUUGAAAUAAUAUUAUAUAAUAUCAUAGGAUAAAGAACAGGAAUACUUGUCUUUUAGCAUAAAGAAUUGUUCAAAGUUACACAAAAUGUGUUUUACAAUGACUUGAAGUUGUCACUGUCAUGUAUGGUAAUCACAUAUGUCAUCACGUGUACUUUGCCAUAUGCAUGGAUACUUUCAGAAAUGUGUAAGGUCAUUGCAUAUUAAUUCUCUGAAACAACAUUUUUCCUGGUUUUAAAGUUUCAAUAAAGCUAUACUGUAUGGGAAAAUC